AUUGAUGUACUCCCAGAGAGGAGAUCAGAAACCAGGAGGAAUGCUUCCACUGCAGUUUCAGACUCAGGGCUGUGAAGACGCUGGUAUGUUAUUCUGGGUACUCGGGAGCACAAUCCCUCAUACAAAUUUGUAAAAGCAUUGCAUUUUUCAAAUGCUAUAGUAACGGGGGCAGUGCUGUGAGCAGAACAACCAUAGGGGUGUCUAGAUGCACUGGCCGUGACGACAGACAUAUUAAAUGGGAUGAUUAACUUAAAAUCAUAUAAAUGGUCUUCACUGGGAUCUGCCAAAAUCACCCCCUGACCAGCCGAGUAAUGCAGUCUAAUUAGUGCGAGAAGACCCCUCCCCCUCCUCCCCAAGCAAAAAUUCAUCUCCCCUCGACCGUGAGGGAGGAGAGGGGGGGGGGGGGAUGUGUGUGGGCAGCAGACUCUGACACAUGAACAGAGAGGAGGAUGCGUUAGCAGCAGAAACAUUUACAGCAGGAAAGAAAGAGAGGAACAAAACAAAAACAGGAUGUCUUUUACCCUGAACCACAUCUUCCUGGCUUGAGGGAUCGUCUCUCUGUUUUCAUCCUGCGUCCUGCUGCCCAAACUGAAGCCUCCACUUCACUUCGUCUGCAGCCCGGGAAUGCUUUUUGGAGACGGGAUGAAUGCUUCAUUUUUCACAAGCAAGCUGCAUUAAGAAGUGGACUGGAAUACACAGGCACAGGCACACGUAGGCACACAGACACACGCACACACACGCACACACACUCACACACACACAGGGUUGAGAGAAAGCAGCACCGAUAUCGCUGAUAGUUUAGUUUUUUUUUUUGUGUGUGCUAUCACAGACCAGUCUUACAGGGAAGUUGAGCGAUUGGGUAGUUGAGCUGCAUACAGACUUGUUGUGUAAUAUCCAGAGCAAAGCCAGCAUUGCAGUUUGGAAGGGUCCGACGCAGUGACAUGAUGAACAGUGGAUGAGGAUUGUUCUGCCUGCACUGGAGCGGUCAGCAUGGACUUCACUCUGUGUUAGAGCCAUGGCCGAGAAUAACGAGCUGGGAGGCUGAAAGAUCAGGGACGUCAUGGGAGCCAAGCAGGUCAAAUGUCUCAGCUCACCCAGUCCAACACACUCUGCAAAAACAGAGUCCAUCGCAAGCCAAUCAGAAGAGAAGGGGGAGCUGCCGGUCUUCCAAUCAGAAGAGCCGGAGAGCCGAGCAGAAGAGGGAGUGAAGUCUGCAGGAUGUCCAGAGGAGCAGGCAGGGGGGCGGGGGCUCUGUCUGGACCUCUCCUGGGAGGAGCAGCUUGUGGAGCAGCAGGAGCAGCUGGAGAAGGAGAUGGACGAGGCUCGGAAGAUGAUCUCGAGCCUGCAGGCCCUGCUUCUGAACGGAUCCCUACCUGAGGACGACCAGGAGGCCUCCUUCUCCCUCUCAGACAGUGGAGCAGCCCUGGAUGAGCAGCUGAUUAUAAUCCGCAGCAGGCUGGAUCAGAGCAUGGAGGAGUCCCAGGAACUCAAGAAAGAGCUGCUGAGAUACAAGCAGGAGAGCAGGAACCUGCAGGGAGUCAAGGACGCUCUGCAGCAGAGAAUGGCCCAACAGGAGAGCUCGAUUCUACAGCUGAGACAGGAGCUGCUGAGGGCAGGCAUGGGCCAGGAUGAGCUUCACCACCAGAACGUGGACUUGCAGAGGAAAGUGGAGGAGAGGAACAGACUUCUGGGGGACUACAAGAAGGAGCUGGCUCAGAAGGAUCGGCUGCUGCAGCAACAGCAGAGCAAACUGGACGAGGCUCUGCGCAAACUGGGAGAGGCCACACAUCACAAGGUGGACCUGCAGAGGGAGGUGGAGCACAAGGACAGCCUGAUUAACGAGCUAAUGACCAGACAGCUUGACGAGCACUCCGGAGGUCUGGGCGGCUCUCAGAACAAUGGUUACCCCCAGGCUGUGGGGAAAGGAGCCCCGUCUUCAUCGCAAAGAGGGGCUGACGACCUGCAGUUGGUUCGGGACGCCCUGCGCAGUCUGAGGAACAGCUUCAGCGGACACGACCCCCAGCACCACACCAUAGACACCCUGGAGCAGGGCAUCGGCAGCCUGAUGGAGAGACUGCACAUGGGGGAGCCACACAGGAGGCCUGGAGGAAAGUCUCCUGGUCACAGAGCCGCCGCACACACGGAGCGGGACUCCUGGCCUCACAGCUCCAAAAUGCUUCACUCUCACAGCAGCCCGGCUCUCAGCAGCUCUGCCUCCACUAAAGUGCUGUAUUUCACAGACCGCUCCCUCACUCCCUUCAUGGUCAAUAUCCCAAAGAGGCUGGGGGAGGUCACUCUAAGAGACUUCAAGGCAGCAGUGGAACGUGAAGGAAACUAUAGGUAUCAUUUCAAAGCUCUGGACCCGGAGUUCGGCACAGUGAAAGAAGAGGUUUUCCACGAUGGAGACGUCGUCCCGGGCUGGGAGGGGAAGAUCGUGGCUUGGGUGGAGGAGGACCACGGGGACAGCAGAUAGACAGAGAGACAGGCAGACAGGCAGGCAGGCACCUACCCCCCUCAGGAAUGCAAUUUGUAUUGUACAGUUUAUAUUCAGAGAUUUUAUAAUUCCUGGGCGUUUCGAAAUUUAUAAUUGUAUUUUUACAGAUUUUUCACACAAACGUAUGAAAAUAACCAUAAAAAAGACUGGACUUGAAGAGACGGCAGCUUUGAGAGCUUUACUGAGGCCAAAGGGGUUCUGUAAAAGCCUGUUUUAAAAAAGUCACCAGGAUAUGAUGACUGCAACUAAAUAGUGUGUGUACAGUCUAAAGAAGAAGAGUAUAGAGUUACGAUAACAGUCAUAUUUCAAAACCAUAUCCAUGAGGAAGAAAGCAGAGAUCUAUAUGGAAAAGGAAUAAUAAUAAUAAUAAUAAUAAUAAUAAUAAUAAUAAUAAUAAUAAUAGUAAUAGAUGGGACCAGUUAUUUCCAGUUUCUGAUGUCUUUUAAGGGCUCCAGUGUUUUAUAGCUACUCCAGUGAAGGAUAUACUGUAUGCCUCCCAUUGCAUAGCAGCUUGAUCCAUUCCAGGUUUUACUGAAUGUUUAAAAUCCAUCUUUCUAAAAGUCCACCUUACAGUGAAGUUUUGCUCGUAUUGAGAGUAAUGGAAAGUCAUUAUGAAGGGCCCCCCCUGUAUUCAGUAUCUCUAACGCUGCACUUGAAAUCUUUCAUGUAAAUUCACAGCAUAAUAAACCAGUAAAAGGGGUGACCAGUGACCAUGUUAACAAGGCUAAUAAGAGGUAUGAAGAUGGAUUUUAAAGCAUUGCUUAGCUGUCCUUCAGUCGAUUUGUUUUAGUUUAAAAAGACAAACUGCUCUGAAAAGGGACUCUUACUGUGCCCAGGUUACUGUCUGUUGCUAUGGGGUCUGAUCACAGCCAUGCGUUAUUUUUCUAUUGCCUUCAGUGAAGGAUUACACUGCCAGACUGCAAAGGCCAGGUGUCUGAAUGACUUUCUCUGGAUAUGAAUUUUGUAACCAGUAUAACUCUUUGUAAAUAUGUGACCGGUUCUCCUCUCUACGUUGUUAAUGAGUUUAUUAUUUUAAUAGUGGUAUGAUAAGUGAGCCGGUGUUUGUCUCCAGGUGCAGACUGUAUGAAAUGAAAACCUACAUUCCUGACAUGAGACUGCAGCGUGCACGUCUCUUAGUUUGACACUUUUUAUAAGGGUCAGUUUGAUUUGAAGGUAAGGUGCUUUUUAAAAGAAUGAUGUACGAGCCAAAGGCGCACGCCUGUACAAACCCUCGUGAUGUUUCCACAAUAAAUUCAGCACCUGUUCAAAA